AUGGAAGGAUUGAUGAAAUUCAAAGACGGCACAGAAAUCCCGCAGCAUUUUGAGGACCUCCAGUAUUAUUUCAAUGAGCAAGGGGAGUUGAGACACAUGGUUACCAAUAAACCCUUUCUGUAUAACUAUUACAAAAAUGAAUAUGAUAGGAACCACAAACGAUAUAAAAUGAUUGGGGAUAUGGUUACACUUUAUGUUUAUGAGCUGCUAGAAAAAGACUGCAAUCUUCAAAGGAUUAACAUUCCAAUCGAUGCUGCUGAAGAUGAGUCAAGGUCUUUUUUCUUCAUGAGUAAAGAUUUGCUGAGUAUACAGACAAACCUUUUUGUGCUGCUUCAAGACCGUGGGGUGAUCAGAGCUGGUCAAUGGGCCCAAAAAGUAAUAUUCCAUCACUCGAUAGGCAAAGGUACACAGAUCUCAUAUAUUAAGGCUGCCUUAAGAGACUGUGGGUCUGUGAUUGUGCUAAAUCCGAAUGAUAAUUUUGUGGAGGUGAAAGAGGAACCGCAUACAUUGGUGAAAACAGAAGAGGAGUCCUGCCUUAUAGAAACUGGGGAUAAGGUUGGGCUCACUGCACUUCAACCAAAAAUUAUUGUUCCCAAAAGGUGUUGCAGCUCAGCAGAAGAGCACACCAGCUAUGUCUGGGACCAUUUCAUCUCAAAAAGUGCUGCAAGCAACAUAUCAUUUAUUGCACAUGGCUAUGGUGGGUUAGUGUUUAUGGAUUUACUUUGUAAGGAAAGUAAGGAAGUUAUGAGCAAAGUCAGUGCUGUAGCAUUUAUAGACUCAAAACACCAUGCUCAGCAUCAGGCAAGAACUGAGCCAGAAAUCCAAGCCUGGAUACGUUUACAUUGUAGGAGCUGGGUAUUGAGUGCAAAACCUUUAGACAGACCCACUGGCUCCUUAAGGAAAUUAGACUGCCCAAAGGUGUCUGCGGGCACAGAAAACCAUGACCUGGCUCCCUCUGUUGCUUUCCGGUCUAUUUUUCGAUUUAUCAGCAGAUCUUCAAAGAGUCGCAGAAGUCUGAUUCCACCUGCACAUACAAUGAUAACUAGAAGUUCUACCAAGCGUACAUGUAACUAAUGAAAACAAUGUGUCUAGAAAUAGUAGAUAUGUUA